CCUCUCUCGAAAUAGAACCGCUUUGCUUUCUGCUUCUUGUUGGUUUAUAAGUGGUAGUUCUCUUGAGUGAGGAUAUAUACACGUUGCUUGUGGCUAUCUGAAUCUAUAGUCAAUUGCAAUAUUCUUUCGCUGUGCUGUGCAUAAGCCUUUGUUCGAGCGCAUUCCCGAUCUCUGCUGCUACUCGGUUCCGGCCAGACUUGCAGCGAUUCCACCUCGCAAUUCAACUGCUCCUCUCUCCAGACCGCAAAAACAACAAUAAAGACACUAUCUAAAACCAAAACAACACACACAAAAAUGUCGCUGGAUCAAGAACAACAAGACCAGAUGAUCCUGCACCAACUCUCGCAGAUCGAGAAAUUCUCGUCCGUCCAUCGUCGCCCUGACUUCGACACAAACUUCGCCUACGGCACCGCCGGCUUCCGCAUGCGCGCAGAUCUGCUUGACUCGGUCGUCUACCGUGUCGGUUUGCUUGCCGCGCUGCGGUCGCGCAAGUUGGACGGCGAGACGAUCGGGGUUAUGAUCACCGCGUCGCAUAAUCCGCCCGAGGACAAUGGAGUCAAGUUGAUUGAUCCGCAGGGCGAGAUGCUCGAGGCUUCAUGGGAAGUUUAUGCAACCAAGUUUGCAAACGCGAGAUCGGACGAGGAGCUCGCGCGCGAGUACUUCAACGUGGCCGAGACGUUGAAGAUCAGACUAGAUGCGCCGUGCAAGAUUGCUUAUGGCCGCGACACGCGUGCGUCUGGUCCUGCUCUGGUCUCUGCUCUGAAGGACGGGCUGAGCGCGGCGGGCGCCGAGUUUUCCGACUAUGGCGUUCUGACGACGCCGCAGCUUCAUUACAUUGUAAAGUGCAUCAACACUGCCGAGACCUCGAGCCCGUACGGCGAGCCGUCGCAGGCUGGAUAUUACAAGAAGCUCGCGGCUGCGUUCAAGGCGGUGAUGAAGGGCAAACCCAAGCCUGGUCUCAUCACUAUCGAUGCCGCGAACGGCGUCGGCGGACCAAAGCUUGCUGAGCUUCUCGAGGUUCUCGGAUCCGAGUCGCUCGAGGCGGUUAUUGUGAAUGACGACGUGGAGGCCACGCAGAAGCUGAACCAGCAGUGCGGAGCCGACUACGUGAAGACGCAGCAGAAGCUACCUGCGGGAGCCGAGCCAGAGGCGCUGCAGCUGUACGCGUCGUUGGACGGCGACGCCGAUCGCAUCGUGUUUUACUACGUCGACGAGGCCAAGAAGUUUUUCCUGCUCGACGGCGACAAGAUCGCGUCCCUGGCGGCGAUGUUCAUUCAGGAGCUCUUGGAGGUCUCUGGGGUCGAAGACGUGGAGGUCGGCGUGGUGCAGACCGCGUACGCGAACGGGUCGUCGACCGCGUAUCUGCAGGACGUGCUGAAGGUGCCGGUGACGUGCACAUCCACGGGCGUGAAGCACUUGCACCACGCGGCGCAGCUGUAUGACAUUGGCGUCUACUUUGAAGCGAACGGGCACGGCACGGUGCUGUUUUCUGCAGCGACGAUCAAGGCGCUGGAGAGCUUUGAGGCCGCGAGCCCCGGGCAGCAGAGCGCGGUGGACACGCUGCUGUCGCUCGCGGACGUGAUCAACCAGACUGUCGGCGACGCGCUCUCGGAUCUGCUGCUCGUGCUGACGGUGCUGGCGCACAAAUCGUGGGGCCCGAGCGAGUGGAACAUGGCGUACACGGACCUGCCCAACCGACUUGUGCGGGUGGUCGUAGACGACCGGUUUGCGUUCAAGACGGAGGACGCGGAGCGCCGGCUUGUGGAGCCGCAGGGUCUGCAGGCGCAGAUCGACGAGCUGGUGAAGAAGUACAAGUUUGGGCGGAGUUUUGUGCGCGCGAGCGGGACGGAGGACGCGGUGCGGGUGUAUGCGGAGGCGGCGACGCGGCUGGAGGCGGAUGAGCUUGCGUUGAAGGUGUCUGAGCUGUUGAAGGGGUUGUGAGUUGUAUAUAUGGUUUAAAAGCAGUGUGAAUCAAUCUCUCUUCUAUUAUUUAUUUGCAUGUAUAAAGACAACAAAAUUACAGAAGACAAGA